CAGCAUUUUAAAGUCACGGUCUGGACAAUGGCUUGAUCAUUUGAAUGAGUGACAGUGCGGUCUGACGGACUCGGAUGAAUUGACCAGCCAUGGGGGGCAUUCCAUUCCGAUCAACGGGAUGCAAUACAUGCCGCCGCCGAAAGGUCAAGUGCGAUGAGGCAAAGCCGGAAUGUAAUCGCUGCACUAAGAACGGCCAUGUCUGCACCGGCUAUGAACGGAAGAGGGUCUUCAUCCACAAGUCCCCCGAAGCCAUCGAGGAGGGCGAUCUGAAGCUCGUCCGCCGCCCCAAGGCAGCCCCCGGUAAGAUUGCCGACCGUCAGUUAACGCGAGUGGAGCCGGAGCUCCCCCGUUUGAAUCUCAAUGCAGCGGUCCGAUCGCAGCUGCUCACCUCCUUCAUUGAGACCUUUCUUCCUACAUCAAGGAAUCUGCAAGGUGGCACUGGUCCGAACAUCCUCGAGUCGCUCCCCGGGCUGUGUGGGAACAGUCCUCUCCUGGACAGAGCGGUCAUGUCGCUCUCCUCGGCGUUUCUGGCGAAACAACACAAGGACGAUCGGUUACUCUGGUAUAGUACAAAGCUCUAUAACACCUCGAUGGAGAUCAUGCAUGGUAAGAUCAGGUCUGGCAGAGGCCUGGGUCAAGAUGUCCUUUACACCACCGUAAUCUUCCAGUUAUAUGAAUUGAUCCAUUCGUCGCCUCCGGGGUUCAUGGCAUGGAUAGCGCAUGUGCAAGGCAGUAAUGCAAUCAUCGAUCAGUGUGCUGGGCAGAAAGAGGAGACCCUUGCAGAGAAGCUGUUCCACCGUCAACUCAAAUUCGUCACUUUAUGUGAUGCCGUGGGGAGGCGCAAGGCAGCCACUCUCUACAACGUGCUGACUGCGCGAGAUCGCUCAUUACGGGGCUCGGCAGAGCUUGAGCCGAUUGAUGAGCUGACUGAUAUCUUGGCCGAGUGCUCCGCUCUGAUAGAACGAGUAGACAGCUUCAUCGAGCAAGCUAUUAGAAGCCCUGGGUGUGAUCGAAAUGCUGGUGAAAAGUUGCUGCGCUCUUGCCUAUCACUGGAAGAAAAGCUUCACCGGGCCUGUCUUGAGAUGCAAGCAAAACUUGGAACGCCAUCGGCUUUCCCUCAUGACGCUCCCUUGCGAGAGGAGUUUAGAGCACAUCUCGCCACCGACUUAUUCUCCGACCCCUUCCAAUUUGCUUCUCUGACUUGUGCCGAAUCGCACCUCAUUUAUUGGGCCACUCUGAUCCUGCUGUAUCCGCUAGUUGAUCAGCUUGUCGAUGUCCUUGGCUGUCCGAAAAACGACGUUACACCUUCCCCGUCUUGUAUCACGCAUUUCCACACGAAUAAGGGCCCUUCCCUGAACUCUGGCGUGGCCGCGAACUUCACAGCCCUGGCGGAGCACUAUGCCGACCAGGUCUGCCGUUCAGUCAUGUACUGUACACAGCCCGAUAUGAAGACCCUGGGCGCACAAUACUUGCUUGCUCCUCUCAGCCAGUGUGCGCAGUUCUUCCAAGUCCAAGAAUUGGCGCAAAAGUACAAGUGGUGUCAAGGGGUGUUUAUGCUCUUUGAUUCGCUGGGUCUGGGAAUCGCCCCGUUGCUGAAGGACAUGAUAUGGCCCCAGUACCGUUCCGCUCAGCUGCGUAGAUCCUUGUCGCCCGUGGAAGAGGUACCAUAAUGAGCCUUGCGGCCAUUCAAUAUAUCCCCAUGCCAAGGCAGCAGGUCCAUUCGAUCGUAUCCAGGUCGCGCCCAGAUUAGACGGCCGUGACAGUCACCUCGCCAACUUCAUCGCCGCGUCGAAUCAAGAUUCAACUCAGAACAAAGGGUCGAAGCGAUUGACAUGUCACCGUUAAUCCCGGGAAGAAACAAGGUACUGAGUUGCGAGCAAGGUAUGUCACCACAUGAUCUCUCUGCGCUCCGUGCUGGACACGUUGGAGUCGUUAAGGUGACCCAACUGGAUUAGAGCCGGGGCAGGCUUGUUUCACAGUGACGCUGGUCCGGUAGGGGACCCAAGAGCAUAUCGCCUCUUGCGUAACGCAGCUAUAACCAGUGCCACACAGCUGAGAGGCGGCGCCGUGUCACAGAUAACUUAGUACUGGCGACUGUCCGUCGACCAGUAGGAGAACCUACAUUAGUACACCGUAUCUAAGCCCUGAGUGAUUAU